UGGCGUCCUCGAAAGUCCGUGCUAUCGAUAUCGUGAAGUAAACAGUAGUAUUUGUUUUGACUUUCUUGCAGAAUGGGUUAAACUGCUGUGUUGCGUUGUGACUUGUGAGUUGCAUGUUCGGGCCAUGUUCCAUGAUCGAAUAAUCAAGAGGAUACCUGGCAAAUUGCCUCCUCUAUCUGGCAAAGAAAAACAAGGACAUUUAGAUGAUUUGUCGACGAUUCCAUAUUCGCAGUUAUUGGACCUUAUUGCCAGACAGGAGAAACUGGUAUCCAAUAAGUAAGAUCUUAUUUCGCCGUUAAUCAUUGAUAUAAAUCGCGGAAUGUUGGUUCAAAAUGUGACAAUACACUCAGUGAGUAGGAGAUAAGCUCCUCUGACUAAUUGACAAGAACUAGGCAAUAAAUCACACUUGUAUUCAGUGGUAUGUUAUAUCCUAACAAUCAGACUUGCAUGGAAAUGCGGGGCUCUGAAUUCACAACUUGUAGUUGGCAAGAGAAAGAAAGUUCAUUUAAAUUCUAUUGAUUAUCAAGUCUCCAUAGCAUUCGUGGUGAACCCGAAUUCCACCGAUGAACUUUCCCAAGUUGUUCAGAUAAAAGUCCAAAGUAUGCUAGUUUGAAAGACCUGUGGCUCGUUAGAAAGUCAUGCGUUUUGUUUGAUUUCAUACCACAUGUACCUUUGUGUUUGUAUUGCACUGAAAAUAUGUGCGUAACAGUGCAAAUGUCGGCAGUGUAUCUUGUUUUGUUCGUUUCACUCACGAUAGUUGACAACAGCACGCACUUUACUUUCUGUCCUUAAGUUUAUAAUCGGUACCUCUCAGUUCUGCGACUGUUGUUUCUUCUUUAUUGUUAGUUCUAUGUCAAAGCGAUACACAGCAAUUUAAUUAGGUUGACUGACGAAAAGCCGGCCGAUAUGGCCGUUGUUAUGGGUUCGCUAAUGCAAUGGAACUGUUGUACAGGAGUGGUAUGCUGAGUUGUUCGCGCAACGACUGCAGCUAAAUAAUAUUGUACUUGUUUCGUUUGAGGAUUGUUGCAUCACUCUGUGUUUUGUGUUGCAUGUUUUGGUAAUUGCAUAUUACAGAAUUCAUAGCUAGAAAGUCAAUAGGGGCAACAAACCGAGUAGGCUAUAAUAAUUAUUCAGUAAGAAGUCACCAAAAACAGUUUGUCCCAUAUUCCAAAAUUACUAAUAACAAUAAAAUUUGUGUAAGGUGAUUACCAAUGUAAUAUGAAUUCAAUGGUGUUGUGGUUUCUUUGUUUCAGGCCUUUCCUUAGCAAGUUACCCGAUAAAGGCGAAAAAAUACAAAAAUUUUUAAGUGCUUUGAAAGAAGAGCAGGCAAACAGAAAUGAAGUUGAAGAAGUUACCAGUGUUCUUGCUGACAUGAAAAUUGGAAGUGAUGAUGUGGAAUGGUCAGGCAGUCCCAGUUUAAAUGUUAAUGGUCAAAAGAAAGUAAGCCAAGAUGAAACAAGAAGGAAGAAUAUUUCAUCUUCAGAAGACUCUGAAUUUCAAAGCCAGGAAAAGCAAGAAAGAAAUCUAACAGCCAACCAAGUUGCAAGAGAGUUUGGAGAAGUACCCUAUGUAAAAAGUGUCAUACACAAGGUGGAAAAGCCUGAUACAGAAAAACAAGAACGUUUCAAACCAAAUAUGUCAAAGAAAUCUGCAGAUAAGGAAGAGAAGCCCCAGAUACAAAAAACUAGACCCCAUUGGGAAGUCACUGCAGCCACACCUCCACCCCCAGUUUAUAAUGAUGUUAAGGUGUUAACCCUAGAGGAAUCACUUGCACUUCAGAAAGAACAGUUAUUGAGAUUAAAGGAGGCACAAGUGAAGCAGGCACAAGAGCGCUUAGCUGAACAGUGUGGUAACAUGGGUCUCAAGUUAUCCAAUAUAAGUGGACAGAUGCUUUAUCGUCAGAGGCGGGAGUCAUUGAGUGACAGUUCUAAUACUGACAGUGGUGAUGAAGAAAAGCAAGCAUUCGAAGAAGAGGAAGAAGAACGUGAAAAUGAUGUAGCAGUUAUCGUGUCAUUAAUAGACAGUUAAAUUGUUUCAUGGAUUUUCCUUGUAAGUGACACUGUGCAACAUCUGUGAUCAGUAAAUAGUUGAUGUAAUAUUAUUUCCAUUUUUAUUGUAUAAUAAUACAAAUAUUUUAUGCUGACUGUUUAAAUAAAGUGCAUGGUUUAUAGUGA